AUGCAGUUAGCUUUAGCAUUGUAUAACAAUGAACGCGAUGAAGAAGAUGAACUCGAGUUUCGAAAAGGUGAAAUAUUGAAUGUAUUAAUCGAAAAUCCAAACGGACUAGCAGGAUGGAUGCUCUGUGAAAAAAAUGGACAAUGUGGAAUAUGUCCUGGUAAUCGUUUACGUUUAUUAUCAAAUAUAACAACAACAAUGAAUAACGAUAAAAAUAAAAUGGAUAUUAUUGUUGAAAAAUCAUUGUCAUCAUCAUUAUCGUCUUCAUCUCAAGUGUACAAACAUAUAUUACCAUUGAUUCAAUGUCAUUCAGAAUACGAUAGAUUAUCAAUGCAAUAUGAUUAUGACAUACCUAUCUCAGCUCAUGAAAACGAUUAUGAUAUUCCAAGAACAGCAUCAACAAUAACACAAUUAAAAAAGGGUGAACCAAUUAAUUUAGAUUCUCCUAUAAUUCUUCUCUCAUCACCCGAAUCAUCAUCACGUUCAUCUGGAAUUUAUUCGACAUCAACGAAUGAUUUACUAACAGAUACAUCAAAAUGUUCAUCACAAUGUUCAUUACGUCACCGAUCUAAAUCUUCUGACACCUGUAUAACAGAUACAAUUUCACUAGAUCAAUUGUCUAUUCAAUUUCAUAAUUUAUCAAUUCGUUCAGCAUUUCCAGAUAAAUUUUAUCAUUUACUCGUCAUCUGUGAUGAAUUAAUUCAAUCAUCUUCAACAAAAAUUGAUCAAUAUUCAAAAUUAAUAAGUGUAUCUCUUGAUUAUUACGAAAAUAGUCAUCAAUUUUUAACCGAAUAUGGUUCUCUCUUUAAUCGUCACACAUAUAAACAAUUAAAAGAAAUUCUGAUAAAAUUUGAACAAUUAUUAUUGCAAUUUCAACAAAAUUUGAAAGAAAAUAAUAGUACAAUAAAUAAUGAACUAAUUUUACAAACAAAAUUAUUUUCUACAUUAUCUAAAAAUAUGUUUAGUUUAAUAAGGCCAACAAUUGAAUUAAAAUUAAAAGAAAAACACGAUAGUAUAUCCAUACCAAGAGAAAUAUUAAAAAAAUUAAAUUUAAAAUCAAUUGAUACAAAUUCCGAUGGAGAAGAUGAAGAUAACAACAAACAACAACUACAAUCAUUAGUGUCAACGAACAGUAUCUAUGAUACAUUUAAUAAUAGUAAAAUAGAUUUAUUAUCACCAAUUGUUAAUCGUGAAUUAACUAAUUCCAAGACGUGUCAUACAAGUGUAUCAUCCGAAAAGUCUUAUUGUUCAUCUACUAAGAGUACUUCGAUCCCUUUAACACCUAUCCUCAUUAAAACAUCUUAUGAUAGCAAAGAUUCAACAGACACGUAUGAUUAUAUUGAAGAUGAUUAUUCAAUUACACCUAGCGAAAUAGAUCCUCGACCACAAUCAUCAAAUCUAUUAAAAUAUUAUUAUCGUCAUAUUAAUGAACAAAUUAAUUUUAUGAAAUUACGUUAUGAUAAAUUAAUGAAAUGUACGAAACGUCACGAUGGUUUCACUGAUUCAUCGUACGAUAAUUAUCUUCAUCCUGUUGAUCGUAAUAAACAACUGAUAUUAGAUGAAGCCAAAAAAUUUGUUGUUAGCGGACAUAAACUUGUUUUUGUUAUUGAAACAUUACAACAGUAUGUUGCAGCAAAUACAAAUAAUUUAUCAAAAUUGUUAUUGGAACUAUGUGAUUCAUUAACAGACGUUACCAUGUUUAUUAAACAAAUUGUGAAUGAUGGCGAUGAUGAUCAAAGAAUAGUCAAUUAUAAUUUUAAACAUAAAGCACAACAAGCAAUGAAUAUAGCCAUUAAAAUUAAACAAUAUGUCAAUAAAACUUGA